GUUCCAUGAGCCAUUGCGGAAUCGCGAGGAAGCUCCCGAUUGGUCAAGUUUAAAAAUAAGACCGCGACAGUUUGCGCAGAAAAGGGGAUAUAUUUCUGUGGGAUAAAUGUUUUUGGAAUAACAAAUUGUCUUCUGUCACGAUGAUGGAAUCUUGCUUUAAUAGCAAAAUAGAGAGAGUGGAGGCCGUAACUGUAGAUGAUUUGAAGAAAGACUUAUUUGCAGAAUUUUCCGCCAUACCCUCUGCUUUGGCACAGGAUUCAUCUGUAUUGGUGAAGGAACAUCUACAGGUGUACCUACGGAUAAGACCAUUUACGUCAGCUGAGAGUGAUAAUGGUGAAUCUCAGGAGUGUGUCACACUCGAACCUCCAGACGUUGUUUUGCUCAAGGCUCCGAGAUCAUCUCUGUCAGCGAGGCUCAGUGAUAAGUCAAUUCCUCAGACAGCUCAGAGAUUUCAGUUCUCACAGGUUUAUGGCCCAGGAGCGACUCAGAGAGACAUUUUUGACGGAACAGUGAAGCAUCUCGUCAAAGAUGUUCUUGAGGGAGGAAAUUCUCUGGUGUUCACGUACGGAGUUACCAAUGCUGGGAAGACAUUCACUUUUCUAGGCUCUGAGAAUGAAAGUGGGAUCCUGCCAAGAUCUUUGGACAUCAUCUUCAACAGCAUUGAAGACCGAACUUAUAAGCACAUGAACAUCAAGCCUCACCGUUGUCGAGAGUACACUAGAUUAACUAAAGAUCAGCAGGACGAGGAGGUUACAAAUAAGAGAAACAUCAUGCGAUUGUUAAAGGAGAGUGAUUCUCAGAGAAGCAUUACCAGCCAGUUGAGUUCCACUGGCAGGACGACUAUACUGGAAGGCUCUACUAUGAGUGAGUUGGAUGGACUGACUGGUGCAGAUUGUUUCAAUUUGGAUGUGGACAGUCACACAAAAUACUCUGUCUGGGUUUCGUUUUGCGAAAUCUACAAUGAAAAUAUCCACGACCUGCUUGAACCGAUAUCAAACGGCUCGCUGAAGAGAAAUGUGCUCCGACUGUCUCAAGACGUAAAGGGGAAUUCCUUUGUGAAAGAUCUGAAGUGGGUUCAAGUGAACGAUGUGCAUGAAGCAUACAAAGUGGUUAAAGUUGGAAAGAGAAACCAAAGCUUCUCCUGUACAAAGCUCAAUAACUUGUCAAGCAGAAGCCAUAGCAUCUUUUCCAUUCGGAUCGUGCGGAUUGAAGAUGUCGGAAUACCUCGUGUCCACACGAUCAGCGAGUUAUCCCUGUGCGAUCUGGCAGGGUCGGAGAGAUGCGCAAAGACGCAGAACAGAGGAGACCGCUUGAAAGAAGCCGGCAACAUCAAUACCUCGCUGCUCAUUCUCGGGAAAUGCAUUAAUGCAUUGAGACACAACCAACAAUCCAAGCUGCAGCAGCACGUGCCCUUCAGAGAGAGCAAGCUGACCCACUACCUACAGGGCUUCUUCUGUGGCCGAGGAAAGGCCUGCAUGAUCGUCAACAUCAACCAGUGCGCCUCGAUGUACGACGAGACCCUGAACGUGCUCAAAUUCUCCGCGGUCGCUCAGAAGGUGGUGGUCCUCAACACGAAGCCCCUCCCCGUCGUCCCCAAGAAGUCCAGUCGAGACGUGUCCUUCAUCAUCAACAACGCCGACCGCAAGAACCUGUGGACCAAGCGCAAGAGCUCCCUGGUGGGCUGGGAGACCAGCCUGGAGGACGUACAGGAAAACGACGACGGCGAUUACGAGGAGGAGGAGGAGGAGGACGAGGAAGGAGAAGAGGACAGCUGUGUUGACAGUGUCAUGGAGGAGACCAUUCAGGAAGCAGGAGAAGGAGAUGAAGAGGACAUUGAAAUCGAUAAGGAUUCAUAUCAGAGCCAGCUUUUACUGAUAGAGGAGCUAAAGCAGAAGCUACGCACGGAAGAGCAUGAGAAGUUGACCUUGGAGUCUCGUGUUCGGGAGGAGGUCACCAAGGAGUUCAUGCAGCUGUUCUCACAAAUGGAAGACGAUUACAGUGAACGUCUUGCCAAAGAGAAAGAAAUAAUUGAGGAGAGAGCUGAGAGACGUUUGGAAAUACUGAAGAAUUUAGUGAGCAAAAAUUCUGCUCAUGAUGUGCCCCUGAGCGACGCUACCGAACAGACUAAGGAUAAAGUGGAGCUCUUUGAUGGGAUUAUUGAUUCCAUGCAAGACGACCUGGAUAAGAUCAAGAAAGACGCGGAGGCCGCUCAGACGUGUCUGGUGGGCUUGCCCGAUCCCCGCGAGAACCUCGCCAGCCUGGAGAAGCAGGUCUCCGAGCUGUCUGAGGAGCUCCUCAAGACCCAGCAACUCCUCACUGUCAAAUCCAGGGAAGUGGAUGGUUCGCGCAGUCAAACGCAGCAAUUAAACGAACAACUCGGUGAAGCAAAAAAGAAUUUCGAGUCCCAGACACAGAAGUUCCGGGAACUUAUGGAAAUCUGUCAGGAAAAGGACGACAUGAUCUUCAAGUUGCAAACCGCCAUGGACCAGCAUGUUGAAACUGCCGCAAAUGAUAGGGCCCUGAUUGAUGCCGUCAAGGAGGAAAUCCUCAGCCUGAGGGAGAAGUGCAAGUGUUCGCUCAGCAGCAGCACUCUGCAGAGGGAGGGUCGGAAGCGCUCCAUAGACCUCCAGGACGACGUCGGCAAGCAGCCCCCCUCCAAGAAAGGAACAUAUGAAGAGAACUUCUCUACAAUGGAUGACAAGAAUAAAUUCCAGGAAGAAUGUAAUAAAACGGAAUUGGACAUUAUGUCGAUCAACAAACAGCAAGAGGCACUGCAGCAACAGCUAGAAUGCUCAAAGAGAGAUUUUCAGAAUGAAAUUAAGCUUAAGGAUGAACAACUGGGAGAACUGAAACAGGAAUCCAUUUCCUUGGAGGGAAAAGUCAGCAAGUUAAUCGAAGAUCUGAAGCAACAGACAUGCGCCUAUGAAGCCGCCAUGUUGUCCUUGGAGACGGAGAGACGGGAGAAGGCGGAGCUUGUCAAGGAAAGGGAGACGCUGACUGCUCGGGCGAGUGUCCUCCAGGAAGACUGCGAGAAGAUGGCCAGGAAGAUCACCGAGAUGGAGAGCGAAGCCCAGGGGCAGAAAGGGAAGAUGGAGGCCGUCUCGGAGGAGUUGAAAUCCGCAAAAUCUCUCCUGGUGAAUCACAACGGUGACUCCAGGGAGAAGACUAAGCUGAUCGAAUCCUUGACCCAAGAUGCCACACAGCUCAGGCAGGAGCUGGAAAAGAGCAAAGCCGUGCUGGUGCGGCGGGACGGCGGCCAUUUUCACCAGACGAUGGACGCCCUUCACAAAGAGUGCGAGAACGUGGUGAUGGAGUCCUCCCAGAAGAACCAGCAGAUUCGGGACCUGGAGGAGGAGGCCAGCCGCUGCAGACAGCAGGCAGCGGAGCACCGGGAGCUAUGCGAGCAGCUGAGGCGGGAAAUGGCCGAUCUGAGGGAGAAAACGCGCUCCGACCUGGAGCGCUUCCAGACCGAGAGGCAGGCCGCCGAGGAGCUGAGGAGGCGUCACGCCGAGCUGGAGGCCGAGGCCACGGGCCUCAGGGAGCAGGCGGCCGCCGCUCGGGCUCGGGCGGAGGCGUCGGAGGCCGCUUCCGCCACGGCGGCCGAGCUGGAGAGGCGGCUGGCGGAGAGGGACGGCGAGGCGGAGGCCCUGCGGAGGAGCCUGGAGGAAGCCCGGAGGAAGCUUGAGGACGUCGAGACCGCGUCCGCGCAGGAGGCCAGGAGGAAGGAGGCCGAGCGACGCAGGGAGCUCCUGAAGACCGCCGAGGAGGCCAUUGCGCUGAAGGACGCCGAGCUGGAGAAGAAGGCGCAGGAGCUCUCCAGGCGAGUUGAGGAAGUGACCAGCAGCUCGGAAAAAAUCAGGGCUCUGAGUCUCGAUUUGCAGAGAAAAGAAGAAGAUGCUUCCGACAUGAAGGAGAAGCUGGCCGAUUCUAAAAAACAAAUACAACAAGUGCAAAAAGAGAUUUCUUUCAUGCGUGAGGAGGGGAAAUCGCUAAGGCAAAAACUCAGUGACUCUGAAAGGCUGAGAAAUCAAAUGCUGAGUGACCUGCACAGUAAGGACCAGCAUAUUCAACAGUUAAAGACUGAACAGACCAGCAAUGCCAAGACUGAUGAAAAUCUCCAGCGUUACCAGAAGGCUUGCACUGAUCUUCAGGACAAAGAUCAGGUUAUUGAAGGAAUGCGCCUUGCACUGAUGGAGCAAGAAGAAACUCAGGCGAAACAGGAUCAGGUUCUUGAGGUCAAAAUGGAUGAGAUUGAAUCUCUGAACGAAGAAGUUAAGACCUUGAAAGGGAGGUUCCUCCAGAAUGAUGAAGGCCACAGACUUGCUCCAGCUCUGGAAGGAUGUCAUUCUGGUGAAUGUAAACAUGCAAAAGAAGACAUUGAGAAAGCAGAAGAGAACUUGAAGCUCUCUACUGAGAAGUACCAAAGUGACAAGAAGAAGUGGCUGGAAGAGAAGAUGCUCCUAAUACGUCAGGUGAAAGAGGCGGAGGAGAGGAGGAACCAGGAUAUGAAGAAGUUCGCCGAUGAUCGCUCGCGACAUACCAAACUGCAGGCAGAAGUGGAGUCCCUGUCAAAGCAGCUCUCUGAGAAAGACGAUGACCUUGGGAAAUGGAGAAAAGAGAGAGACACUUUGGUUGCAGCUCUAGAAAUUCAAAUGCGGAAACUCGCAUCGAGCAAUCUUGAGAAAGACCAAAAGCUGAAGGAACUCCAGAGCAAUUCUAAUUCUGUGCCACAAGAGAAUAUAAAAGAAAAUGUUGCUGACAUGCAGUGCAUUCUGUCAAAGAAGGAAUCCGAAAUAUUGGAACUGAGGAAUCAACUGAAAGCCUUAUCAGAAAAUGCCAAUACUUGUCCUAAAAAUAACAGAUUAUCAACUGUGACGGAAGAACGUGGAAGUGGAACUCAAAUAGACAAAGUUCCAUUUAAGAAACCACAAGAUGUCAGUGUUAAAGCGAAAAGCGACGCGAAAAGUGACUGCAGCUUGCAGAGCUCUGAAGAAAACGAGGUGUCAGUGCUGGACUCCUCUGACCUCUCCACGGAGAACGGCAGACCCAGCCGCUUCCCCAAGCCCGAGCUGGAGAUCCAGUUCACCCCGCUCCAGCCCAACAAGGUGAGCGUGAAGCAGCAGGGAGGGGACUCAGCCGUGACCGUCAAAAUCACCCGGAGCGGGAGGAAGAGGAAGAGUGUUGAAAUGGAGAAGGGAGAUAUGCUUUCAGGCUGCUGGAAAAAUAAGGCUAAAAUGAAAGCAGCGCAGAGACAUACUGGCCAGGGUUCCGUGGAGAGUGAAAACAGGAAGAACACCAGAUCCAGGUUUCCUGCGGUGUAUGAGGAGUCUCCAGGCACGCUGGGGAAGCGCACCGACCGCCUGAGGCAGGACCAGUCCCAGUCCAGCCUCAAGAGCAAGAAAGACGGAACCCUGCAGAAAAUCGGAGACUUCAUCCAGAGCUCGCCGACCCUACUCGGGAGCAAAGCUAAAAAGAUAAUUGGAUUUGUCAGCGCUAAAUCCCCUGAACCAGAGGGCAACACGAGUAUGAAUUUUAAACCAAAGAAGUCGAAAAGAAAGCUCUACAAAACAGAAAUAUCCUCCCCACUUGACAUACCCUCUCAUCCGAUCAUUGGACUGGAUCAAGAUGAGAAAGAAAGUGAUCAUCUCAUUAUAAAGAGAAGGCUGAGGACAAGAACAGCGAAGAACUGAGGGAGGCUAGUCAUCAUGCCGAUCAGUACUGCUCUACUGUAACUAUAUAAAUUGAUUUUUUUUUAAAGAAGAUGAAAGAAAUCAAGCAAUACAGACAUUUUCAGAUUUAAGAAUGGUUUUUCGUUCACUCUUAAUUUUUAAUUUUUACGUUUCUAUCCUUUUGUAUAUAUUGUAUUUUAUUUGCUUUGAUUCUUAUUCCAUCUUGUCCAUUUUUGCAAAAUGUUUGAUUAGGUCUUACCCUACUACAGUAUAUAGUUCAUGGAUAAUGGAAAUGUGUAGGAUUUCUGGAAAAGAACUGACAAUGAAUCGGUGUCCCAUAAUUGACAUAAAUACAAUAAAAUUAAGGGUUUAUAAUCAUUUAUUUUGUGUAUUAGUGAUCAGUAACUGUGUAUUUGCUCUUUUAUGUAUUUAUGAUCUGUAGCAGUGUAUUUGGCUGUUGGUAGCACCACUGAAGUUUGUGUCAUGCCAAGACUGACAUUACUGUACUUUAGAAUAGGAAAAUAAUUUGUACUGGGAUGUUAAUGUAGACUCAAAUUAAUUUUCACCUCAGUAAUGCCAAUCCAUUAGACAGUUUGCAUUUUAGUCAUCUCAGAGCGAUGGUUCACUUUAUGGAUUUUCUUUCUGCAUUAUUUCAGUUUUAGUGUACGUUAUCAAUUUAUUAGCUAUUAGAUAUAUUGAUACGUUUACUAUUGUAGCCUGUUGGCAUUACAAUAGUACACGUAUCAGGGGCUCACUUCAAGUGACUCGAUUGGCGCUUGUACAGGGACAUUAUGCCUCAAGAGGCUGUUCGGGUGUGUGUUACCCUAUUUAUUCUUCAAAACAUUACGUUGAAUCGAAUUUUUUGAUUUCCUAUGGCCAUGCAGCCUACGCUCAGUGAAAAUGGCGUGGCUUCCGGCAUCAGCAAUGCUACAUGGGACUUUGGGAGGGAAAGCUUACGCUGCCUGAGAACUGAGAAGGGAAGAAGUACUGGCAUAAUAAACUUGAUUUUUAGAAUUAUAUUUGAGAAUAAAUGCUAGGAAAUAAAUCUGCUCGUAUGUGCAGCCUCUGGAUGCAUUACAUUGCUGUGCAAGCUGCCUUGCAGUUACUUUGAAGCUUUUUUUUUUUAUUGCUUAAGAAUUUGGGUCACCGAAGACUGAAUUCCUUGACAGUGUGCAUUAUAAAGCUAGCAGGUUGUUGAGAACAAAUGCAUGUAUAAAAUAGCCUUAAUAUCCUUACGGUAUUUUAAAAUAUGCUAAAACUAAUAAUACUGAAAAACACUUGUAUAUGUACUGUCUGUUUAAGCUCAACAAAACCUCACAAACCACCGUUAAAUGUUUUGUUAGAUGUUUUAUACAUUUUGCUGCAUACAUUUGUUAUGGGAAACAAUAUUGGAGGUUCCAUGUGGUUUGAACAGUGAGAAAUGCAUCAGAAUAAUUGCUGUGGUCAUUUGUCUGAUUCCAAGUCCAUUUAUCAGUUUCCAAGUUUCCUAUGUGUAUGAACCUGUGGAUGAACUGUCGCCGGCACUGUGACAGGGGAGUGUUUUUUGACCUUGUACUGUAAGUACUUUUAGUUUGUUCUGGCUCUGUAAACUCUGUGUUGCAAAUGGGUGUUUUGCCUCUGAUGAGCUGUAUUAAACAGUGCAAAAUGUG